GGCCCAGAGGGAGCCGGCGUAAGGCGGGGGUGGGCUCGCGAUCUGUGCCCGCGCGCGGGGCAGGAGGGUGAGGGUCUCGCGCUCUAGAUUCUGCCUCUCUUAGAGCCGCGCGCCCGGCGGUUGGGGCGGCGGGUCUGGCGCGCGGGGUACGUGUCCCGCUGCAGCGGCUGGUGGGGGCGGCGGGGGCUGCUCCCUCCCCGGCUCGGCGCUGUGAGUGGGCGGAAGAUGGCGCUGGGCGGAUGGAAAUCCUAAUGACGGUCUCCAAAAUCGCCUCUAUCUGUACCAUGGGCGCCAAUGCCUCAACUUUAGAGAAAGAGAUUGGUCCGGAACAGUUUCCAGUCAAUGAGCACUAUUUUGGUUUAGUUAACUUUGGGAACACGUGCUACUGCAAUUCAGUUCUUCAGGCACUUUAUUUUUGUCGACCAUUUCGAGAAAAAGUCCUAGCAUACAAGAGUCAACCCAGAAAAAAAGAGAACCUCCUUACAUGCUUAGCUGAUCUCUUCCACAGCAUAGCUACACAGAAGAAAAAAGUUGGAGUUAUACCUCCAAAGAAGUUUAUAACAAGAUUACGAAAAGAAAAUGAACUCUUUGACAACUACAUGCAGCAGGAUGCACAUGAGUUCUUAAACUAUCUUUUAAACACAAUUGCUGAUAUUUUACAAGAAGAGAGAAAACAGGACAAACAAAAUGGCCGUCUACCUAAUGGCAGUAUCGACAAUGAAAACAAUAACAGCACACCAGAUCCAACCUGGGUUCAUGAGAUCUUUCAGGGAACAUUAACUAAUGAAACCAGGUGUCUUACUUGUGAAACUAUAAGCAGCAAAGAUGAAGAUUUUUUAGACCUUUCUGUUGAUGUAGAGCAAAAUACAUCAAUUACUCACUGCUUAAGGGGUUUCAGCAAUACAGAAACUCUGUGCAGUGAAUACAAAUAUUACUGUGAAGAAUGUCGCAGUAAACAGGAAGCACAUAAAAGGAUGAAAGUAAAAAAACUGCCUAUGAUUCUAGCUCUCCAUCUGAAGAGAUUUAAAUACAUGGAUCAGCUACAUCGAUAUACAAAACUCUCUUAUAGAGUAGUGUUUCCUUUAGAGCUUAGACUUUUUAACACUUCAGGAGAUGCCACCAAUCCUGACCGAAUGUACGACCUUGUUGCUGUAGUAGUUCAUUGUGGGAGUGGCCCUAAUCGAGGACAUUAUAUUGCAAUAGUGAAGAGUCAUGAUUUUUGGUUGCUCUUUGAUGAUGAUAUUGUAGAGAAAAUAGAUGCACAAGCUAUUGAAGAAUUCUAUGGGUUGACAUCAGACAUUUCGAAGAACUCUGAGUCUGGUUACAUUCUCUUCUAUCAGUCUCGGGAUUGAAUGGGAACUGUGGUGAAGAGAGAUUUUAUGCCUCGUUUCUUCUCUGGCUAUGUUGGAAUGGAGCAAGCACUGAUUUAAAAAAAGGAAUGCAGGGAGCUCCAGGGACAGUAGCGCAGUUUGCACACAACAAAGCAAAGUUUGGAUUUUUUUUUUAAACCCUUCAUAUCAAGUUCAUUUUAUUUGCUCAGGUAUCAUGCUGACUACACAAUUUUACUACAACUGCUAGGAGAAAAGAGAGAUACCAGCCACUCUUGCAGGAGCAACCUUCCAACAGUUAACACAUUUUUUUUUUUAAGUCCUGAGUCAGAGCCCUUAAAAUCAAUGGAAAGACUCCGAUUGAUUUCAUUGGGGUUUGGUUCAGGGCUAAUUGCAACAAUCUGGCAGUGCAAUAGAAGCAAUAUAAAUCUGGUAUUUUAUACUGAUUUCUUAUUUGAAAAGACAGAAUUCUUUGUGCAGUAAUUUGUCUGUAUUCAAUUCUGAAAGAAUAUGGUGGGCAGGGUUUUUUUUUGUUUGUUUUUCCUGGGUUCUUUCAUAUAUAAACAAGAAAUAUACUUGGGACAACACAGUUGCCUUCUUGACGUAACAGAUUAACUGAAAAGAUAAACUAGUGUCAGGGAGGCCAAGUAUGUUUUGCUUCUCUGAAGAAGCUUACAUUAUAGUAAUAUAUACCUAUACUGUCGGGAACAAUCAGUAAAAAUUAUGGCUUUUAAUCUCCCUAUGGAGAAAGAUGGGGUUAUUAAUAAUAGUUUAUUUUUAUUUAUGAAUUACUAUAACUAUUAGGGUCCUAUGUAUUGUCUUUGAGUAUAACCAAUCUUGAACAUAAUUUUAUAUAUUAAUUUGAAUUAGAUUUACUUAUUCCAUUUAAGUGGGGUUUUUUUAGGAAAAACAAAUUCUAAAUAAAAUGCAUAAAAUGUCUUCUAAAAAUUGGUAAUACAGAAGGGGUAUUUUCUCUUUCAGGAGGAACUGGUAUCUGGCUUAAUGUUUUACAUUGUUUAAUUAUUAAAUUAAAAUUUGAAUCUGUUUUUACUCUGAUGAAAAAGCCAAGCUGUAAAAUGUUUCCUGUAACUGUCUGAAUGAUGAUUGUAAGAAUGCUUAUCGUAAUGAAAUGGUGGUGGUGUACCCCAAUUCUUACUGUUCUUUAUUCAUUAAGGGUCCAUACGCUAAAUAAUUUGUUAGAAAAACCUGGAUCAAAAUAAACAGUUUUCAAAAUAUCAUUUCCUCCUCAGAAAAUUGAUCCAUUCAGACUCCCAACAGCCUGGGUGACUUUCAAAAAACUCUCCAAAUAUGAAAUGAAGUUGAUAAUAAAUGAAAUAAUCUAGGAAUGUAAAGGGAAAUCAGUGUUUUGAGAUUUUUUUCAAGUCCUAUGAGGUGAAAUUUUCUGAAAUUAAAGUUUACCUUGCUUUGGGUUUAUGAAACAGCAUUAAGAUUUAAAUAAUAGCACCACCAAGUAAUAGAUGUAAUAAGAAAUAUGUGAAAUGUUGUGAUUUGAUAUUUUUCCAUGCAUCAGUUUGUUGUCUGACAGUGGCUGAAUGUAAUUUCUGGAAAAUGAUGGAAUACAUAUUUCAGAUUAUGGCUAUCAGGUCUUGGAUGUCCUUGUCAUCCCAUUUCAGAUGGUGAUUUUUACUUUAUUGUAAUUUUCUAAGAUUAUUUUAUUGAUAUUGUUGAAACCUUUAAAAAGAAUGUCUGCUGCUAUAACUAAUAUAUUUACUUACCUGUAUUUUUAACUCAGGAAAAGACUUCACCUAUUCAUUCAGUUGAACAAAUUUUGAACAGGGUCACUAAGUAAAUUGGGCUAUUUAACAAAUAUGAAAGAAAAUUCUUGUCAUAUUAUAACAGAUUGCUUUUAUAAAUGCAGUUUCUGAAGCCUUGGCUUGGCUGAAAUUCUUUUCUAUAAAUUAUGUAGCUUGGCUAAACUACCAGAAUGCAAAGAAAAGCAUAACAUAUUUUGGGAGAGGCAUAAAAAUAUAAUGGAUUGGAUAUUUUUAAGGGCUUAUACCAAAUUAUGUUAGAACCUAAAUCUGUUUUUCUAGGUUUCAGUGGGAAAAGAGUGAGGGGUGAAUCAGUUGGACCAUAGUUCAUGUCAGAAAGAUGAAGUCCCUUGCAUUAAAUGUACAGCUUUGUAAAACCAUUGUCACAUUAGUUUUUGUUAACUGAUGAAUGUUUGCUCAGUCAUUUUACAGUUUUAAAAAAUGUAUGUAGUUAAAAGCCAAGCUUAGUUGCUAAACACAUUGUAAUACGGUAACAAAAUUUAAAGCAUUUUUGUUUUACUGGUACCACAGGAUAUUUUGCUUUACUCCUGCGACAUAUUUUUAUAAAAUGGUGAUUUAUUUUGGAUAGGGUUUUUUGAGAUUGUGGUUCCAAAUGAUGGAUUUAAUUUCACUUCUAGUGCAGCUGAAAAAUGUAAGUAAAUUCUUGAUAAAAUCAAUACCAGAAACUACAGGCAGAGGAAAUACAAAAUGUAACUGAACAAUAUAAAAAGCAUUAUAGGAUUACCUCUUGAUUGUAAUUGCAAUGGGGAGUGUGAGAAGAAUCUUCACUUGUAAAUGGUGGAAAUGAUUUCUGUGUAACUAUGUAAAUGUUAAUUGGGAUGACAGGUCCCCUAUUUUGUAUAUUGGAGCAAAAACUUCUAUUAAAUAAUAAAAUAUGUUCUCUGAA